AUGACCUCUCUCUUCCCACAUCCGGCCUAUGCCGAGGAUCAGCCGUAUGCGCGCAGCAUCUUGUACCUUCACGUUAUGCGCGCUUCGGCCAUGUCCUUUUCCUUUUUCUCGCUUGCGCGCUUCCCAGCCGCUGUCGUUGGAGCGCGCUACAAUAAGACGCCGAUCGAUUAUAACGUCAUACUCGCGCGUACACUGAAGACAGCGGGUCGUGGGCUUGUGUUGGGAACAGCAGCAGGUGUGGUCAUGACGUGGAGCCGCAUGAGAGGACUUGAAGAGAUUGAAUGGAAAGAUCGAUCGUGGAGGAUAUUGGAAAACAAUGGCGAGGUAAAGACGGACUGGGUCACGCUGGGUGCUGCAAGCGGAGGUGCGGUUGCUGUCUUGAUUGCUGCACGGAGAGGGAGAAUGAAGAUGCCCAUCGGUGGUGCGGUGCUAGGUGGAGCAGGCGCUGGUAUGGCAGUUGGAGUGCCGUAUAUGAUUGCAUCGUUUGUGGCAGGAAGAAAGCCUGCUUGA